CAGCAUCACAGCAUCAUUACCCGAUUUCCGUUGAGUGGUGCGUUCGUUCCCCCCCGUUCCCCCCGUUGGUCGGUUUGGUCAGUCAGUCGCUCUCUGGAUUCGUCUAAUUCUUCGCCUCUCGAUUGGUUCUUUUUCUCGAACCCGCGUCCCACCCCUUUUCAUCCAGCCCGGCCCCUUCAACCUUUCGCAUGUCCAUCGAAAACCUCAAAGGCUUUGAUCCUUUCGCCGAUGCAGCCAAGGGCGACGAGGAGAGUGUUCAAGAUGGUUUAGUCCACAUCCGCAUCCAACAACGCAACGGCCGUAAAACCCUCACCACCAUUCAAGGCCUUUCCGCCGAGUAUGAUCUUAAAAAGAUCGUCCGAGCAUGCAAGAAGGAAUUUGCUUGUAAUGGCACUGUCGUAGAGCAUCCCGAGUACGGAGAAGUGCUGCAGCUUCAGGGUGAUCAGCGAACUAAGAUUUGCGAUUGGCUCGUCAAAUGUGGGUUGGUCAAGGCCGACCAACUAAAGGUCCAUGGUUUCUAGACUCACUUUAUGCUCGUGGUGGAAUCUGCCUUCCCCAGUCGAGAACACACUCUCAUUCACCAGACUACAACAUCCAUUGUAAUAAAAUGCUAACACGAUGUUAAAAACUCUGGAGUCUUCAGACUACUAAUUUGUCGCUUUCUUCUGUCGCAAUUGAACCCAUUCGUCAUUACAUAUUGAUCAUGAUUUUUUUUUA